GUAAAGACGACAGCCAUAGCACCUGUCACACUGCAGAAGGAAUUGGGAAAGAAGGAAAGUAGUAUCACCAUGGAUAAGGACAACAUGGCCCUACCUGACCAACAAUAUGAAUGUGUAGCUGAGAUUGGCGAAGGAGCCUAUGGAAAGGUGUUCAAGGCGCGGGACUUGAAGAACGGCGGACGCUUCGUAGCCUUGAAGAGGGUGCGGGUGCAGACAAGUGAGGAGGGAAUGCCGCUUUCCACCAUCCGUGAGGUGGCUGUCUUGAGGCAUCUGGAGACAUUUGAGCACCCCAACGUGGUCAGGUUAUUUGAUGUAUGCACAGUGUCCCGAACAGAAAGAGAGACCAAGUUAACAUUGGUGUUUGAACAUGUUGAUCAAGAUUUGACCACUUACUUGAAUAAAGUUCCAGAGCCUGGAGUUCCUAGCGAAACUAUAAAGGACAUGAUGUUUCAGCUGCUGCGAGGGCUUGAUUUUCUGCAUUCACAUAGAGUCGUCCACCGUGAUCUGAAACCACAAAACAUUUUAGUAACCAGCAAUGGACAGAUAAAAUUAGCUGACUUUGGCCUUGCACGGAUCUACAGUUUUCAAAUGGCUCUUACCUCAGUGGUUGUCACGCUGUGGUACAGAGCUCCAGAGGUUUUGCUUCAAUCCAGUUAUGCCACACCAGUAGACCUUUGGAGUGUUGGCUGUAUUUUUGCAGAGAUGUUCCGUCGAAAAUUUCACUACACUGAAUGAAGAUGUUUUGAAGCUAAUGCUCUUAAUUUUUUUCUGCACAUAUGUUUAGGAAGACUCAGUAAGGCACAACAGCUGCUCCAAAUUAUACA